AUGGAUAAAGUAAGGAAGAGGAAAAGUAGAGCACCAUGGCAAGAUCAACAACAACAACAAGUACAAGCAAACUCAUAUGCUAAUACCCCCCCACAGUCUAAUUCAUUACAAGUUCCGUCUAAUCCUUAUGCUGCUAGUUCUGCUAAAAAACAAGAUAGAAGAUUAUCAAUUCAUGCGUCUGCACAUCAUAGACAACAUGGUAAAUCAUUCUCACUGAUUAAUAAUGAAUCUGCACCUCCUUUACCAGAAAAUUCAGCAUUGAUUAUGUUAUCAAAUGGUUCAGCUUCAGAAAUUGAAGAAAAUUAUAAAAGUUUAUUAAAACAAAAAGAUAUAAUAACAAGAAACAUUAAAAAUAAUAUUAAUUUAAAUCAACAAAAUAUAUUACAAUUAACUAAUGAUUUAAAAAUUGUUCAAGAAGAAUUGGAUUCUCUUCGAAAUUCAACAAGACAGGUACUUGAAGUUACGAAUUUUUUUAAAGAAUCAGCUGAAAAGAAAUUAUCAAUGGAAUUUGAAUCAAAAACAAAUACACCGCAAACUAGUAAAUCUCAAGAUAGGAGUUCAAUUGUAAUAUUGGAAAAUUUAUGGAAAAAAGAAUUACAAAGUCUUUAUAAACAUGUUGAUGGAGCUUCUAAAUUCAUUCAACCAACACCUGGACGUCAUGUAAUUGCAGAAUCUGGAAGAUGGAUUGAAAUUAAUCCUGGAAGUUGGAAAAAUGGAAAUGCUUCUCAUUUAUUCAUACUUAAUGAUUUAAUAUUAAUUGCUAAUAAAUCAAAUGGUGAUAAGAAAUUACACGCAACUCAAUGUUUCCCGAUUAAUCAAGUUUCAAUAAGACAAAUAACACCACCAAAUAAUAUUACAGACUCAAAAUUAAAUUUCAUAAAUAUUAAAUUUCAAAAUUUAUCUUAUAUAUUUUCAAGUGAUAGAUAUGAUCAUUUUAUGAAAAUAAUGGAUGCCUACAAGAAAGGUAAAAAUGAAUUAGAACAAUUGAAUAGAACUCAAACCCCAAUUGAAUCAAAACGAAACUCAAGAAAGUCAAAACGUAAUUCAGAAGAAAUUUUAUCUACAUUAUCCACCAAGAUAGAUUUUAAGGAUAAUUUCGAUGAUAUAGAAUCAAGUAUACAUUAUAAUAACUUCACAAGAGCAUUUGAAUUAAUAACACAUGUAGAAUCAAAGUUAAAUAAAAAAAAAAUCUUAAAUGAAGAUGAAAAUUUACUUUCCCAAGUAACAAGAACGAAAUUAGAUCAAAAAAGAGAAGAAAUUCUAAAAGGUUUAGAAUUCAUGUUAAGACAUCACUGCAAUUAUAUCAAAUUAGAAAACAUCCUAGAAUUAUAUAAACGACUAAAUCAGUUGAAUAUUGGAAUUACAAUAUAUUUAAAAUCAACUCCUUUAGAUUAUAAAAAUUCUUUAGUAGCUAUAUUAACACUAAAAAAGAGAAUAAGUACUUUGAUUCCAAUCCUAAAGAAGAUUGAAAAUGAUUCUGCUAAUUCUUCAUUGAUUAUUACAUGGUGUACUGAUGAAGCUAAAAAAAUUUCAAAUUUAUUAAAUUGUGAUAAAGCUGUUUUGAUUCCUUAUCUUGAUGAAUUUAAAGAAUUGGGGAUUAAUUUGGAUUAUUUAUUUGAGUAG